CCAAGCUCCAAUAGACUCUCCAUGUCCCUUCUACGCGAAGCGGAGAGGUGCCUUGCGAACCAACAUGCACACACCCUCAACGCCUUCAUAACUCCACUACCCCGCGCGGGGCAAUGGCUAGAUCGCGUCAAGGAAGCAGACCAACGUCGCGAGCAAGGAAACCCCAAGUCCGCAGUCGACGGGCGCUUGAUCUCGAUCAAGGAUAACAUCUGCACACGCGAUCUCCCAACGACCUGCGCCUCGGGUAUCCUCGACAAAUUCACUAGCCCGUUCAAUGCCACCGUCGUCGAUCAAUUAGAGGCCGCGGGGGCUGUGAUUGCUGGCAAGACAAAUCUAGAUGAGUUUGGUAUGGGAUCGCAUUCGGUGCAUUCGCGAUUUGGCGCUGUAAAGAACUUGCGACGGGAUGCGGAUGGUCGGGAUCUUUCCGCGGGCGGAAGUUCUGGUGGGAGUGCGGUGGCUGUUGCUGCUGAUCAGUGCUAUGCUGCCCUUGGAACAGAUACUGGAGGCUCCGUCAGACUCCCCGCGGCGUACACGGGAACAGUUGGCUUCAAGCCCUCAUACGGGUUACUCUCUCGAUGGGGCGUGGUGGCAUAUGCCAAUUCCCUCGACACGGUGGGAAUUCUGGGAAAGAAAACGUCCAGCGUGAGAGACGUCUUCUCCAUCCUCAACAAGCACGAUUCUCGCGAUCCAACCAACAUAACCUCUUCCUCACGCUCUCGAAUCCUCUCACGCCUGCAAACACCACGACUCGCCUCUCGACUAACCUCAACCCCCCUCCGCAUCGGUGUCCCACUAGAAUACAACAUCUCCGAACUCACCCCAUCUGUCCGUCAAGCGUGGCUUCUAUCUCUCGCGCACCUACAAGAACAAGGACAUACAAUCCACCCCGUCUCUCUCCCAGCAACAAAACACGCUUUAUCCGCAUACUACGUCCUCGCACCCGCAGAAGCAUCCUCAAACCUUGCCAAAUACGACGGUGUUCGCUACGGAACGCGUUCCGACGGACCGGACAGUGAUGGACAGCCAGAUGGCUAUCUAUACGCCAACACGCGUGGCAAUGGGUUCGGCGCCGAGGUACAGCGCCGCAUCCUCCUUGGCACUUUUAGUCUAAGCGCAGAUGCCAUGGAUAAUUACUUCAUCCAGGCGCAACGUGUGCGCCGACUAGUGCAGCAGGAUUUCAACGCUGUUUUCGCGGCUGCGCAUCCAUUCGCCGCUGCGUCAGACGCGGUCGAGAUAGAUCGAUCGACCACGGCAAAUGUCGAUGUAAUCGUUUGUCCUACUGCACCAUCUCCACCACCCCGAUUGUCUGAUGUAUCAGCCGGAUCGUCGCCCUUGGAUGCCUAUGUGAAUGAUGUUUUCACGGUUCCGGCUAGUCUGGCUGGAUUACCUGCUAUUUCGGUCCCUGUGACUGUGGCUGAGUCUGAGCGGAAUCCCGAUGCUGAUGAGGUGGCUGGUAUUCAGGUCAUUGGGCAGUAUGGGGAUGACGAGUUGGUGAUGAAUGUUGGUGAGUUGUUGGAGGGGAGGAGGUUGGAUAGCUGAUUAAGAGUCCGAGAUCUGGCCUUCAGACAGACUGUGUUUUAUUAUAUAUUUGUAUGAUUACAAUGAUACCAUUUAUUUCUGUG